UACAACUACAAAAAAACAUGUUAUCAAAAUGUCUAACACUCGUUGUCCCUCGUCAUGCCACCACUCCUUCACUCACCUCAUUAGCACCCUCCAAAACUCCAAGGCCCUCUUACUCUUCCACUCAUCUUUCAUUCCCAUCAAAAUUGAUAAAAGUCUUUCCUACUCAGUACAAUAAUUGUUUAUCCAAGUACCAUACAAUGAAAUCUUCCAACUCUUCUAGCUCCAUAGCAUCAUCAGAUUUUGAAUUUGAGCCUGAUCCUACGCUUACCAAUGAAGACCUCAAGCCAACUUCACCGAACCAAAGAACAUUUUCUGGCUUGGAAAUUGCUACCUUGUGGGUGGGACUUGUUGUUGGUGUCCCUUCUUACUACCUUGCUGGUAGCCUUGUUGACCUUGGUAUGGCAUGGUGGCAAGGCAUAGCAACUGUGGUAGUAGCCAACAUCAUCCUCUUGGUUCCUCUGGUACUCACCGGCCAUGCAGGCACACGUUAUGGCAUAUCAUUCCCAGUUCUUGCUAGAUCCUCUUUUGGCAUCCAUGGUGCUCAUAUUCCUACCCUCGUAAGGGCCUUGAUUGGUUGUGGUUGGUAUGGGAUUGAAUCGUGGAUAGGUGGAGAGGCCAUUUUCCUUCUUUUGCCAAAAUCAUUGAAAGAAACUUCGUUUUCUCAGUCUCUACCUUGGCUUGGCACAUCCCCUCUUGAAUUUGCUUGUUUCUUAGUCUUUUGGGUGGCUCAAUUGGCUUUUGUGUGGAGGGGAAUUGAUGGCAUUAGGGAGCUUGAGAAGUACUCUGCUCCAAUACUCAUUGCUCUUACUUCAUGCCUUCUUAUUUGGUCUUGUGUUAAAGCUGGUGGGCUUGGUCACAUACUCUCUUUAUCUUCUAGGCUCUCUAAUUCAGAAUUCUGGCCUGUUUUUUUCCCUUCUCUUACUGCCAAUAUAAGUUUUUGGGCCACUGUGGCUCUUAACAUACCUGAUUUUACUAGAUACGCGAAGAGCCAGAAGGAUCAAGUUAUUGGUCAAGUUGGGCUUCCCAUCUUUAUGGGGGCAUUCACAUUUGUUGGUCUAGCAGUUACAUCAUCAACAAAAGUGAUAUUUGGUCAAAUUAUUUCUGACCCAAUUCAACUUCUUGGUCAAAUUGGUGGCCUAACAACUAGUAUCCUUGCUAUCCUUGGUAUAAGCCUAGCCAUUAUCACCACCAACAUUGCUGCUAAUAUUGUAGCUCCUGCAAAUGCUCUUGUUAAUCUUAACCCCGCAUGGUUCACCUUUAGAAGAGGAGCACUUCUAACUGCACUCCUUGGGAUUGCAUUUCAACCUUGGAGGCUUCUCAAAUCAAGUGAGAGCUUUGUUUAUACUUGGCUAAUUGGAUAUUCUGCAUUGAUGGGUCCUAUUGCAGGGAUUGUUCUAGCGGAUUACUAUAUUAUACAAAAAACAAGUUUAAGUAUAAGUGACUUGUACUCAAGGAGUCCUUAUGGUGCAUACAGAUAUUCAAGGGGGUUUAAUGUAGCUGCAAUUGUGGCUCUAGUUUUUGGAAUUUUACCUGUGGUUCCUGGUUUCUUGCAGAAAGUUGGGAUUGCAACUUCAGUUCCUCACACUUUUGUUGUGAUCUACAACAAUGCCUGGUUUGUUAGCUUCUUUUCUGCAGGGUUUUUAUAUUUGGUUCUAUCAAAUUUGAGAAGGAAACCAGAUAAAUAUGCUGCUGGAGACCCCCUUUUGCCUACUACAAAAUAAAUAUGGAGAUGCUUAUGGAUCCUCUCACCCAAUGUUUGUAUAAACUUUGUACAUUGGCAUAUAAACAAUUAAAACUUUUAGACAUUUUUCUUUGGAUGAAAGAUGCUGCUUGUUUGAACUAAGGAAGAUUCAAUUAAUCAUUUCAACUAGUUAUACUGAUAAUUAUGUGCCAUGUCACAUAUAAAAGUCGAGUAGGCUUGUUCUAUUUGCUUUCAAAUGAAGGGAUCAUAUCAAGAUUAAUGUCUGUAUAAUGUAAUUCUUGACUGGUUAGAUACCUAGGGUCCUCUUAGCUCUAUGAUUACGGACACCAGUUUCCAUUUUUUUGGGGGUUCAAUUUUACUGUUAUUGUGAACUUCGUAACCACAACUAGAAUAACUGAUACCCUUGAACAGCAACAACGAAAACAAUCAUCAAUAUCAUCAUCAUCAUCUGUUCUUGUUAAGCAAAAAUUAUACUCGAGUUUU